AGACCGAGACCGAGACCGAGACCGAGACCGAGACCGAGACCAAGAAUAAGACCCAGGCGAAGACUAAGAAAGAAGCCAAGGGUAAAAAAGAGUCGAAAAAGCUGCCUUCAGCCAAAUUUGAUGGCAAGAUCCAUGAAAUCAAAGUCUGGAGAAACCAGGAGGCCUUCACGAUUCACCUUCGGCACACCUAUAUCAGUUUCAGUAGAGUCGAGUUGACCAAGGCGUACCUCCAGGACGUUGCCAAGGAAGCUGUGCUUGACAAAAAGCACCAGGUCGAGUAUCUUCAAACGAAGGAGUUUGAUUUGCUUUAUGCGCAUGACCGAUACGAAGCUGGUCGAGCUCUCUGGGGUCUGAUCGACUAUCUCCACCAAGCAGAAGAAGAUGAAAGGCCGAUGAUCGGUCGGUUGCAGACUGAGGCGAAACAACAUUUCCAGAAAUACUUUCCUGUCGAACAUCAUGAUGGACGUGAGGACGGAGAUGAGCCAGAUGGGGGUAUGCGAGAUGGAGGACCGAACGGCAUACAACGUCUCGGAACAGGCUUCUCCAACGCCCUUCUACAAGCGUUUGCUGCGGCCAUCCCGAAUGACUCUGUCGACAAGCUGCUCGAGAGCUAUAACACCACAGACUCGGUACCUGGUCUUUUUGUUGCGGCGCUCAAAAAGAUCACGGGCAGCACCUCCAAGAAAGUCGCCAUCAGAUCGCUGGUUCUCAAAGGGAUGGGUUAUGAUGAAGCAGCAAAGAUAGACGCGGCAGAUUUCGUGCAUCAACUUUUCGCCGCGUUUAAUCACGAAGUCGUCCAUCCCUUUGGCCACAAGGAACAGAUGAAUAUCUUGAACUCUUUGUUCCAAAUCCACAUCGGUACUAGGACAGUGUGCGCCCGUUGCGGACUCGAUCAGGAAUUGAACCCCACGGGAACCCGCGUGCUCACAUUGCAGCCAUCACUAGAACCUCAGGUGGAUCUAGCGACGGGUGCUCCAAGUCCGCAAUCUGUAGAGGCGCUAGUGAAGAAAUAUUUGGAGAGACAUCCCGAGUCCAAUACGUCGUUCUGGUGUCACCGACCCCACCAUUGUUUCGCCCAAGCCCAGGAGAUGUUCAAGCUGAACGGAUCCCCAGGACCAGAACUACUACUUGUGCAGAUCUCUCGGAGUCUGACGAUCGAUGCCCGACGCAACCAGUAUCAGAAUGGUCUCCCGCUCGAACAAUUGAAACAAGUGCGGCGCGUCCAUGAGAAAGUGGCCGCAAAGCUGGCUGUCGCCGACUCGGAGCUGGCGCAGUUCGAAACGGACGCUCGCUCAGAACUGGAGGCUCUCUCGCAAAAAAAACAGCAGGGAGACCAAUUCCUGCCGCUUCCCAUGAAAGUUAUCUCCCCCUUUGAAGAGAAACGGAAAGCGUUGGCAGUUAAACUCAAUACCGUCGGCGAGGAUGUCAUUCGCCGGGAACAGAUGUUCUUGUCGGUCAAGCCACAAGCACCGCUGGACCUCUUCGACGAGCUGCUAGGCGCGAAGCCUCUCAGAUUGAUCAUGGCCGACACGUCCACCAAAGCGCAAAGCCGGGUUUUCUAUGAUCUGUAUGCGAUAGUUUCUCAUCGCGGAGAGACAGUCCAGUCUGGAAACUACUGGGCUUACACGCUUUACGAGGAUAAGUGGUACAAGUGCGUCAACGAGACCGUGACGGAGAUGUCCAACGAGCAGAUGGUCUCCGAGCUGGAGGUCGCCUGUAUCCCCUAUCAAAUUGGCGAGGAAACCAAGCACCACUGGGAAGAGAAAGAGAGCGGCGUGCCUUACCUUUUGUUUUAUCGCCGCAGCCUCGAUCAGACACAGGAUGACAGGACGGAACUCUUCGAGACGCUCGGAUCUCUGGGAGACGACGAUCUUCCAGAGGAGCCCCACUCUUCACAUUCUCUGCACGAGGAGGAAACUGCAACACCGACAGAAUAUGCACCUACACGCUCCGAUUACGAGGACAGUCAGGGAGGCCGGUCCGGGUAUAGUGACGGGGAUUCCAUGCUCACGGAAUGAUGUGCAGACUGAACUUGAUCCAGGGCUGCCAUGUGGAGGAACACACAGGGAGAAACGCCUGAGAAUAAAUGACAGUCUGUUUUGAGACACAUAUUCAUUACGUAGAUCGGUCAAAGCGAGAUUACUUAUGUAAGCCCAUUCAGCCCGGGCUUGACCUUUUUGACAUAAAUGAGGUUGUGUACCACAA